AGGAUAUGCUGUUGCCAUAACACUGUCAACAAAGAUGGCCGCCAGUAGAAACUAGUAGGCCUAAUAUCUCGAUAGUCCUACGACUCGACUAUCCGAUUAUCAUCAUGCCCAAGAAGGGCAAAAAGGGAAAGAAGGGGAAGAAAGGAAAGGGGAAGAAAGGAAAGAAGGGAGCAAAGAAAAAUGAAUCUAUUGCAAAGUUAGCCAUCGCCAACUCUAAAGCAUGGGAGGCCAGGUUAGAGGUGGCAGAAGGUGCCAAGCAGGAGUACCGAGAACAUGCAAAGAAGUUGAUGUUGGAGAACGAUGGCCUCCAGAGUACCAUGUUAAGGUCGGAACAGGAGGCCAUUGAAAUCUUCACACUUUUACAGAAAAAAGAUGAACAAAAAAAUAACUCUCUGGAGAAACUCCAGCAGUCCAUCCGAGACCAGAAGAAGGAACAUCGAAAGGACAAAGAGAAUAUUGUGGAGGACUUCAGUCAACAAAUUAACGAGUUGGAAGAACGAUUGUCUGAGCGUAGUCGUGAAGUUGACCUUCUGCAGACAGAACUCAAGCAAGUCAAAGAGUUUCGACGGAAAAGAGGACAAAUGCAGAAAGAUCUUGAUGAAAUAAAAGAAUCUAUGUACAAUGCCAAUCGAGAUCACAAAUCUACACUGUCACGGAUGGAACAGAAAUUUUUUGAAGAAAAGAUGAGACUUCAACAGGAAGCAAAUCAAAAGAUUGCGGAAUUGGCUGAGCGAGCUCAUACUGAAGCAAUAACGAAUCUAGAUGAGACAACAAAGUCAGUGUACAAGGAGAAUGUCAGAUUGUCGGAGGCCUUAAAUUAUCACAUGAAGGAGGGAGAAAUACUGAAGAAGUCUAAAGAGAAAUUAUUGGAUGAAAACGAAAAUCUGUCAGGGGAAAAAGAACUCAAUGAUAUGAUCGUGCAAGAAAAAGUUGUACAGACAAAACAACAGAAGGAACUUAUACGACAGCUCAAUGAAAAGGUACAAACUCUGGAGCAUUCACUUAGUCACAUGGCUAGAGAGUUCAAAACUGACAAGAAGGCGGCCAUGGAAAGGUCCCGUAUUGAAAAUGAGGCUGCAAAGAUUGAGAUUGCGAAACUCCAGAGAGUUAUAGAACUCAAAAAUAAAGAGAUGAAUAAGAUCAAAAAACUUGCCAAAAACAUUUUGGAUCAGAGAACAGAACUGGAAAGGUUUUUCCUGGAGUCACUUGAGCAAGUUCGUCAGGAAAUUGCAGCCAAUCAAGCUCAAUAUCGCCACGAUGCCCAGGGCGCAUAUCAAGAGAGGAUGAUGAAAGCGUUCUCAGGAAAGGGAGAUUACCCUAGAAUUAGGACGUUCAAUAAAUCUGACCAGAGCACAAACAGUGUAUAUAAGGACUUAGAAGCUGCCGAAACAUUAUAUGACAUAUCGGGUAAAGUUGACAUUGGGGACCUCACUUGGGAGCAAAAGGAACGAAUUCUGCGAUAUUUGUUUGCUAGAAUGAAUGGAACUCGGAAAAGAGAGGGCAACACUUUCUCUGCGCCUCCCCUCCCGUCCAUCGAACAGAGACAGCACCGACUUAGCAUCACCCAGGGGGAUAAGACCGAAGACGAUGCCGGUGCUACCUUCCUCACCCAGGCUCACAUGGACGCGGCCCCAGGGCAGGAUGGUAUGCCAGAGCUACAAAAGGCCUGGAUGGAGCCACAUCCUCCGCCUCCAGUGGCUUCAUAGACAUUUUUCAGGCAAUCGUGAUACUUCAUAAUGUUGAUAACCCAGGAAAACAUUGGAAACAUCAUGACAAUCUUUAUAACUUCCUGUUUGGUGUUGUCUAGAUCUGAAUCACAGAUAUGCUCUUGAUUAAAUGCCAAACAUGCAUGGCCUGUACAUGUACUUUUUAAUGGACUGGUUGAACUUAUUAUUUGGAGUUUGGUGAAACAAAACCUUCAUUAUAUCUCCCACAAUGAGUUUUCAACAAAAAAAUUAUCAUAACUGCCCUUUUAACUUUUGCUGGGUGUUAUUUCUUUUCCAUUAAGACCAUUUUUUAAGGAUUUGUGUCCCUUUAUUGAAAUACUAAGUUAGGCCUUGUACAGGUUAUCUAGGUUUUGCUUGCUAAACCUGAAAAAUGUUUUGCUGAAGUUUUGAGAGAUUCUGAGUAUGAGUGUUCCAUUUGCAAUAAUCUCAUUUGACAAAAUGAAGGACUUUAGUUUAAAGAUUAAGUUAACACCCACAAGGGAUAUUAGUUGUCAUUGAGAUGACUAUUCUAGGUAGUGCCAAAAAUGGAAUUAAUUGUGAUAUAAAAUUCUUAAAAACUUUCUUAAAAUACAAUAUCAUGUUUGCUUCUGUGUAAACUUGCUGCUGUUCAAUUGAAAGGUUUUCACUGCAAGACAUUCAGCAGGAAUAUAAAAAAAUAUCUUACCUUUGAAAGGAAAGAUUUAUAGCUUUUAGCUCACCUGGUCCAAAGGAUGGAUGAGCUAAUGGUAUUACCAUGUUGCUACAUCUGUCGUCCAAAUUCUUCUCAAACCAAAAGGCCUACAAUCAAAAUAUUUAAGUGGUAGGUUCCUGGGAUAUAGCCCAGCAAAUCUGUGAAAAGAAAUGCCUUUGACAUAAGGUCAAGGUCACCUCGAUAAAAUUUGUUAAAAUAUUCUAACAACUUCUCACAGACCAAAAGGAAUAUAAUCAUGGUCGAUUCCUAGGAUGAAGCCAACAAGGUUUCCAUCAAGAAAUGGCCUUGAACUGUUUUCAAGGUCACAGAGGUAACAUUCAUAAAAACAUAUUUAAGACAUCUUUGAGGUAUAUCAUUGGUAUUAAGUAAAAUUUCAACUGCCUGCAACAAGAGAGAGAUACCAAAAUGGGAAAAGUAUUUGUUGUAUAAAAUGUAACUUAAAUGAGAAAAUUCUGACAUAAUCACAGAUAUAUCCAAGCGAGCGAUUAAGGCCCUUUGGGUCUCUUGAUAUUUAGUUCUCUUAUAUGUAUGUUUGUGCUAUAUAUAUAUAUUUGUUAGAAAUACAGUGGGAAAAAGACUAAUCGUAUUAAGAGAGAGAGAGUGAGUGUAGUAUUGUGUGUUACGACCAGUAUUUAUAGAUUUAUGUAUUAAUGAAUGAAGAAAUGAUUUUGCGUUAAAAGAUUGUACAUCGUGAUAAGACCUUAAGGUUAUAAAAAUACAAAAACUGCUGUCUUUUUAUGUAAAUAACAUUUUAUUUCAUUAAAAAUAGAAAAUGU